GUUCAUAGUGGCAAAGGAAUGUUAAAAUAAGAAGCCAAAUGGGUUCAGCACCAUCUCAAGAACCCAAGAACAAUGAGUAUGGCCAGAACACAACCGAGGUGCCGAUCGAUCGAGUGCAGCGAUUGGAACCCAUAACAAGGUCAGAUCCUAACAAGAGCAAAGCCAGCGUUUGGAAGAGGCAUUGGCUGGAUGAUGAAAGCAAAAUCCAUUGCUUUGCUUUGUUUGCGAGAGACUUAUCAAUAACUUGGGGUGAUGAUCAAAGAUAUUGGCAAUGGACUGUUUGUAAAGGAGAAGAGGAUUCAGAGUUUGAAACAGCAGUGCUUAAAGCAGUUUGUUGGUUGGACAUCUUUGGAAAAUUCGAUACGUCCAAUCUCACACCCAAAGUUAAGUACGAGGUUGUCUUUGUAGUCAUGAUGAGCAAAAAUAGUUAUGGAUGGGAAGUACCUGUUACUUUGAGGGUCAAAUUUCCUGAUGAAAGAGCUGAGGAGCACAGUGAGAGACUAGAAGACAAACCGAAAGGGCAGUGGAUUGAGCUCAAAGUGUGUGAAUUCGUGACGCCCCCAAAACCCAAUGGAGAUGUUGAGGUAUCAUUGUUUAGGCGUGGUGGAGCCUGGAAGUGCGGGCUUAUGGUUAAAGGUGCAGUCAUACGCCCUAAAAAGUGAUCAAGCCAUGCCGAUGAUGAUAAUCAUCAAGAGUUCAUCUAUUUGAAGACAGCUACAUUAGGAUUGUGUUUGGCAAGGCAUGUCGUUGUGAACUACUGUCAUCCAGUGAUGGUAAACAGUAGUGAUCCCAUGCUAGCUGCAAUAGUACUUAUUAAUAUAAUUUUGAAGGUUGAGUAAUUCAUCCGUGCGGCCCAAAAUUUGUUUCAUUAUGAAUUCAAUCAAACUAAUUAUUAUUAAUGUUUAA